CUUAGCAGGUGGAGGUUCAGUUAAUUUCAGUAAAACGAAGUUGCUGGACACUGUUUCGUUGUAGUUUUAAAUUGUUUUUACGCAUUUUAAACUUGGUUUAAGCGAACAACUUCUGUACAAAGUUACACAAAGCUCAAGAAUUUUACAGCAACUAGUAAAAAAAAAGAAAAAAAACCACGAAGUCUCAAGGUUAUUUUAAUCUUCAAAAAUCUCAGAAUUUUCUGUAUCAGAAGAACAUUGUAAGAACGGACUAAAGAAAGAACUAUUUAAUUCAUAACUCGCCUCUUUUUUAUCAGCAAUUUCAGUAAUUAUUUUCCCAUUUUUGCUUCACCACGUGAAAGCGUGUAAUUCAGUCACCCUGCAGCCGUUACAAGGAAUCAACACCGUUACCGGGAAGCUGUGGUCACUCCAGGUGACACAAAUGAAUGGUAUGGACACAACGGUGGUGUCACCACAGCAGAACGGCACCAUUCACAACUCUGUACAAACAGGCUUAAUGUCCGAAGACAGCAAAACGAACUUGAUCGUCAACUACCUUCCCCAGACUAUGACUCAGGAAGAAAUAAGAAGUCUCUUCUCCAGCAUCGGCGAGGUGGAAUCCUGCAAACUGAUAAGAGAUAAAGUUACAGGUCAGAGCUUGGGGUACGGUUUUGUUAACUACAUUCGUGCGGAUGAUGCAGAGAAAGCUAUUAACACACUCAACGGACUCAGGUUGCAGAAUAAGACCAUCAAAGUGUCCUACGCAAGGCCUAGCAGUGAAGCCAUUAAGGGAGCCAACCUCUAUGUUAGUGGUCUACCUAAAUCUAUGGCACAACAAGAAUUGGAAAACUUAUUUCACCCCUUUGGUCGGAUUAUCACGUCACGCAUCCUUUGUGAUAACAUCACAGGUAUUAAUAUCCCAGGACUAUCAAAAGGAGUUGGAUUCGUUCGCUUUGAUCAAAGAAUUGAAGCAGAGCGUGCAAUCAAACAGCUGCACAACACGAUCCCAGAUGGCGCAACUGAACCGAUAACUGUGAAGUUUGCCAACAACCCGAGCAACAAUGCUAAGGCCAUAGCGCCGCUGGCAGCCUUCUUGUCACCGCAGCGCCGGUUCCCUGGCCCAAUUCAUCACCCUGCCAACCGCUUCAGGUACAUACCUCUGUCGCCGAUCUCCAGGUACUCUCCUAUUGCUGGUGACCUUCUGGCUGCCAACCCUCUGUUGGCAGGUAAUGCUGUGAAUGGAUCCGGAUGGUGUAUGUUUGUCUACAAUCUAGCUCCAGACACAGAAGAAAAUCUUUUGUGGCAACUUUUCGGCCCCUUCGGUGCAGUUCAAAGCGUGAAGGUGAUCAGAGAUCUGCAGACCAACAAGUGCAAAGGUUUUGGAUUUGUUACCAUGACCAACUACGACGAAGCUCUGGUAGCCAUUCAAAGCCUGAAUGGCUAUACCCUCGGUAACAGGGUACUUCAAGUAUCCUUCAAGACUAACAAAUGUAAAGCAUAAGGCCCUUUAACCCUUAAUGCCGCGAGUGAUUCAACUGAGUGAAGUGAGGGAGAGGUUAUCUUGAUGGAUAGUUGGAACUUCUUAAUCUCUCUCCUCUAAUUUUGAAAAGAAAGAGGACAGUAUAAAAACUCGUUUGGAAUAUCUGUAAUCGCUACAAGUCGUCUGUUGACUAUUCAGAAAUCCUAGUCAUCUGUUGUAUUUAUUGGUCAAAAUUUUCUAUGCCAGAAAUUCCUGAAAUCCAACCUUAAAAAACCGAGAUGUAAUUCGCAAAAAUUAUAUAUUAUUGGAAAAAACAAAGUUGUAACGCAACGCAUUUUAAAAUGACAUACUAUUUGUAAAGACAUUCAUAGGAUUGUUAAAAAAACUGCUUUUUUCUGGCAUUAGAACAUCGUUUUUCGUAAUCUAAAAUUAUUUUCAAAAUUUAGAUGUAACCAUGAGGUCGUAUUACUUUGUUGUUCACUUUCUUCUUUCUGGUUAUAAGGAUGAACCACCAAGAAGAACCAUAAAACUCUAGUCAACGUAGGCCAAACAAACUGGCCGAUACCAGCCACUUAGUUUUACAGUAAAUAAGUAUUUAUUCAUUUUAAUUUAUUUAGAAAAUUUUCGGUUGUAGGAAAUAAUCCAAUAGUAGCUGGAUUUCCUUUAUGUCUGUUAGUGCUUGUCGUAUCAUAAGUAACCUAAUACUCUUCUCUUGAUACUUUAGAAAGUAGACCAAGAAACAUAUAAAUGGUAAAUUAAAUUUGCACCUUUUAUGUUCGUUUCAAUUAUGGGCGAUUAUUUUUACUUUGCCAUUGAUUCGUUUUCAUUUUGCAUGUUUUUAUUUAGUUUUGAAGCCAUUAGAUGGCUCAUUAAUACUCUGUAACCUCUUUUUUUGUUUGAAUUAAAUGGCUUUCAUUUGCAAUUUAUUGUUUGCUUGAUUUAAUUUAUGUUUUUGUUUAAAUAACUUCCCAGCCCUCUGUUUUUGUUUUUGGUUUUUAUAAUUAUGGCCCUAAAAUAGAUAUGUUUAAUAAUCUGCAUGCAGUUAUUUUUGUCUCAGUUUUUUUUUUUUGUGCAUGUUUAGAAAUUAGGGGGGAAAUGUUUUUGAAGGAGCAUAAUGUAUUCCUGUGUAUCAUGCCACCCAUCUUUUUCAAGCACCAUAACAUAUGAAAUUCAAAAGAUUCAAACCACUACCACAGCCAAUAUCUUCACUUCCACGAGAGAAGUAUAUUUUUAUAGAUUAUAUUCAUAGAAAAAUCUUUGAUGAGAGCAAGGCUCUUGGCGUAAGAAGGGAAUUCGAAUCACGUUACAUUCUGAUGAUACUCAUAAUUAAAUACUCCUACGCUACGUAAAUUGGUUCUUCCAGGAGGGGGCGCGACUGUUUUACCCGUCGAAUUAAAGGAAGACAUUCACAAAUAAAAUACUCGUACAUUGAAGAAUCUUUGGAUAUAAUAAAUACUCUAAUAAGUGCAAAGCAUACAAACACUGUUAAUAUAGGCGUCGUGAAAUAUAUUGUACAGAAUACAACGUUAAAGUAGGUUUUUGAUAAAAAAAAAAUAUGCGUUAUUCAUGCCUAUAAGGCAUAUGUUAACAAUGAAGGCUUAAAUGGCCCAAAAUAUUUAUUGGUAAUGAUGUAAUAGUGGAAUGUUAAGUUCAAACCGAUUCGAAAGUUUCGAUUCAAUUUAGUAGAGUUUGUUCUUGCUUUUAGGAAAAUGUUCUUAGUCCGCCAUAUACUCUCACAUAAGAAUUCUUCUAUAUGACAUAAACUGUUGGUUCAUGACAUUUUUCUAAUUUCUGAUCUCACGGUAUUGUUACAAAGGCCUUGCAGCCGGUGCUGUUUAUUGCCAAGUGUGUGCAAUACUGUAUGCAACUUCUAAUCGAUAAUCUGUACUUCAAUUUGUGAGUUUACUUUUAAUUCCAACUUCGAUAAAUUUUGAUACUGAAUUGAAUUUGAAUAUUACAGUAGAUUCAACCUUAACUAGAUGCAUUCCACAGUUCUUGGAGCAAUGUGUUGCGAACUAAGCAGCUAUUGCUGCUAGAGGCGAUUACUUGAGGUUUUUCUUCGGUGUGGUUUUAUCUUGGUUUAUUCCUGUGAUUUUAUAAAUCAUUCCAUUUUAAAUAUUUUAGAUAUCUUAAGAUUUAUGAUGCAAUAACAUACUUCUGGCCGUUGUGGGCAGUAAUCACUCCCGGAGAAAACUGACCGUUUUGCGAAAAGUGCAACGGCCACACAAUUCUAUUUAUCUAUCAUUACAUCUCAGGAAGAAACAACCUCUUCUAUGAAAAUAGUAAAAUUCACGAAUUCUGUCGCUAAGUUUUUGUUCUUAUAUAUUAAGGAACUGAUUGAGAGUUUAGAAAGAAUCGGACAUACGCCAACGUGUUGAAUGACAUAGGAAGGAAGAUACAUAUAUUUGCCCAUCAUAGAAUGACCUUUGUUACAGUAAAGAACGAAAAUAAUACAUUUUAUCUGGUAUGAAUUUUACCGUUAUUUUGUAAUUACUUAUUCAAUGUUACCACUACAGAGGUUACUUAGUAAUAUAUAAAAAAAUCAAUAAAAAUAUUCUCAACCUCUUCGAAGUCUUAGGUAAUAUUUUCGGAGUUCUAAAUGUUAUAAUAACAGUAGAACAAAAUUUCAUAUCUCUACAAGUACGUUUAUUUUUUAUGUGCCCCAAGUAAGGUUCUACGUUAAGAGCGCUUAAUCUAUGAACAUAUGCGACGUAAUCUUCCGUAGAUUUUCAUAAUUCUUAAAAAUAAACCUCCUCUAUACGUGAAGUAUAAGAUUAUUGUUGAAUAUCAAGCAGAUAUAUUUUGGAUGUUAUUAUGAGUAUUUCAUGACCUGCAGGUUGUAUAUGUAUGAAUAUAUUAAUAUUAAUCUUAUGUAGUUGUUUCUCUAGUUAACAAAACAUAAAAUAUCCCUUUUUUAUUUUUAUCCCAUUUUUUCCUCCAUAUUAACCUGUAUCAUGUUUGUCAAAGGGAUUGAGGAUAAGGUUACAAACGGUUGACAGUGAUAUAUUUCAUUCUUUUUUACAUUGUUUUCCGUUUAGCAUUUAACUAACCUAUAUCAUGUUGAUCAAAAGGAUUGAGGAUAAGGUUACAAACGGUUGACAGUGAUAUAUUUCAGUCUUUUUUACAUUGUUUUCAGUUUAGCAUUUAACUAACCUUGUAUCAUGUUGAUCAAAAGGAUUGAGGAUAAGGUUACAAACGGUUGACAGUGCUAUAUUUCAUUCUUUUUUUACAUUGUUUUCAGUUUAGCAUUUAACUAACCUUGUAUCAUGUUGAUCAAAAGGAUUGAGGAUAAGGUUACAAACGGUUGACAGUGAUAUAUUUCAUUCUUUUUUUACAUUGUUUUCAGUUUAGUAUUUAACUGACCUUAUAUCAUGUUGGUUAAAAGGAAUGAAGACAUAGUUACAAAUGGUUGGCGAUGACAUAUUUCAUUCCUCUUUACGCCCUUUUUUCAAAAUGGUGCUAUAAUAUAUGAAAUCAAUUAAUGGAAAUCAACCCGGCGUUGUUUAAGGGCGUUUUGUUUCGCGGUUUUUACGUUUUGAAUGGCUGAAAAGGGUCUUAACUACCAUGUAAGAAUGCUUCCCUUUAAUCAGUGUUGAUCAAAAAAGCGGGAAAUGAUGUAAAGUCAAGCGACCCCUUGUUUCGCGGUUUUUACGUUUUGAAUGGCUGAAAAGGGUCUUAACUACCAUGUAAGAAUGCUUCCCUUUAAUCAGUGUUGAUCAAAAAAGCGGGAAAUGAUGUAAAGUCAAGCGACCCCUUGUUUCGCGGUUUUUACGUUUUGAAUGGCUGAAAAGGGUCUUAACUACCAUGUAAGAAUGCUUCCCUUUAAUCAGUGUUGAUCAAAAAAGCGGGAAAUGAUGUAAAGUCAAGCGACCCCAGGUUCCUGUCUUCAAAUUCUUCUGUUGCUUUCCUUGUGAAUUCCCUUCACGCUGUUAAAAAUUAUUAUUUAGAUUUUAAAAUCUUGGUCCCCUCUUCAGUAUCCUUGUUUUCUAGUCAGUAUUUUUAAAUCGGCCAUUCUAGUUAAA